GGCCCCACAUCGUCCGCAGUCACACAUCGGAUACCGCGCUCGCGCCGCCUUCCUCCUCCAAUCGCUCGGCGGCCACUUUCCCCGCCUCGCCGAGCCUGUUCGUCCGCUUCCCAGCUCGCCGCGCUCCCCUCCCGGCGCUCAAACCCGAAGCCCACAGGCUGCCGUGGCGGCAUCGCGCUCCUCGGCGGAUGGGCCCGCCGCCGCGCGACGUGGUGGUGAUCAGCUCCGACGAGGACGAGGGCUCCCGGAGGUCGUCUGUCUCGCCCGGCUCCCUCGGACGGGUCGCGUUGCUCGCGGAAUCGCUGCCGCCGGUGCCAGUGCCGCGGAGGAAGAAGGGCAAGUCCCGCGGCGUUCGCGCCAGAAAGGACAACGACGACGAGGAGGAGGACGACGACUGCGUGAUCCUGGACGGCGACCCUGACGGGCCGGCUGUGGUUGUGGGCGCCAAGGGGAGGGGCGCGGGGGACGGCGCGUCAGACGAGGUGGAGAUCGUCGCGGUCAAAGGCAAGAUAGCGUGCAAGGAUUUCCCUCACCCGCGGCAUUUAUGUUCUGAAUUGCCCUUUAGCACCACUCCUCACCCAAAGCAUUGUAAAAUGUGCUACUGUUAUGUGUGUGAUGCUCCAGCUCCAUGCAAGAGUUGGGGCAAAGGGCUCUUGAAUGGUGAUCAUUGUCAUGCCACCGAAAAGGACACAAAGUGGGAAACACUGAGGCAAUCAUUCAAGCGCAACUUUGAGCCGGGCAAGGAGGCCACUGUGUCCGCUGGGAACCUACCCUAUGGCUUUGACACCGAGCGCCUUCGCCAGCUCUUCAGAUCAUUUACGACAAGGGAACAGGCAAGAGUUGUGGACAGGGGAACUGGUUUUGACAUCGAUCGCCUUGGCCAGCUCUUCAGAUCAUUUACGACAAGGGAACAGGCAAGAGUUGUGGACAGGGAAACUGGCUGAGUAUGCUGUGCAGAAUUUCCAUCUGUGUGUGAGUAUAUUUCAUAAAUGAUAACUUGAUAUGACAAAUGUCCUUAAUUAAGUUUAGAAGGGACUUGUUAUCCUAUGAUCAUGUCUUAGCAGUGCAGCUAAUGUGCUCAUAGUUAAAGCACUAUGGUUGCAGUAUGGUUGGAAUGUCUUCCCCCAGUUUGCAUUUGCAUACGUUUCAUGUAUAUGUAACACGGAGUAUGUUCCUUUGGUAAUAUG